AUGGCAGACAGACCACGACCCCAGCAAGAAUCCAGAUCCAGCGCCUUCGUCCGCGGCGCCGGCGAGGUGCGCGAUCCCGAACACAAACUCUGGGCGCCGGCGAGAUGGGUCGCCUCGCUCAUUCAAUCCCUCGUGGCCGUCAUUAUCGUCAGUACGUCGUCCAUCCUCCAUCCUCAAUCCCAAUGCCCUCCUCCUCCUCCUCCUCCUCCUCAACUACAACUACUAGCACUAACACCCCCACCCACAGCAAUCGGCGAAGGCCUCAAAUCCAUCAUCAAAGGCGAACCCCGAACAUCUCGCAAUCGACACGCACGGAGCGAUUGA